CUCCAAUCAACCCACAAACAACAAACCCUAACCUGCAACACAAACAAACUCACCAUCUUCUUCUUCUUCUUUCUACAAACCCUAAUUCCAUAUUCUUCCACCAAUUGCAAUUACAAAACUAACGGACACAUAGAAAUCUCUAUGAUAAUUGUCAAACUCAAGCUAUAAGAUAUAUGCUGCCAAUGUCAGUCGAUGCGCAUAAGAAAUCCAAUGGAAAUGGAAACGGAGUCGUAUUACCGACGCACAGGCUGAGGUUGAACCCUAGCACCGAUCACAAGCCGGACAGCUAUGAAGAUCUUCAAUCAGACUUCAGUCCUCUCCUCUUCAGCUCGCUGGAGCGGUACUUGCCUCCUUCCAUGCUCAAUUUGUCACGCGACGCUAAAAUCCAGUUCCUGAAGGACAUUCUCGUUCGCUAUUCACCUGAGGGUGAACGUGCUCGUGUACUAAAACAUAAAGAAUACAGGCAGAAGAUUAUAUCAAACUAUCAGCCUCUACAUAGGGAGUUGUAUUCAAUGCAUGCUGAAAACUUCUUUGUGCCCUCAUUUCUCAAAGCAGUCAACGAAAAUACAGAACAGAGUUUUAGAAAUAUAUUGGCUGAACCCAGACCAGGAAUAUAUGUAUUUGAAAUGCUUCAGCCACAUUUCUGCGAAAUGUUGAUGUCUGAGGUAGAAAACUUUGAAAGAUGGGUUCAUGACACAAAAUUCAGAAUAAUGCGCCCAAACACAAUGAACAAGUAUGGUGCUGUUCUUGAUGACUUUGGCCUACAAACAAUGCUUCAGAAGUUGAUGGAUGAAUAUAUACGCCCAAUGUCUAGAAUUUUCUUCCCUGAGGUUGGCGGAUCAACUCUAGAUUCACAUCAUGGUUUUGUUGUUGAAUAUGGAGUAGAUAGAGAUGUUGAGCUUGGUUUCCAUGUGGAUGACUCAGAAGUCACCUUGAAUGUUUGCUUGGGUAAGCAAUUUUAUGGUGGAGAAUUGUUCUUUCGUGGUGUACGGUGUGAUAAACAUGUGAAUACUGAAACCCAACCUGAGGAAAUUUUUGAUUAUGUCCAUGUCCCCGGGCGGGCUGUAUUUCAUCGUGGUCGCCAUCGGCAUGGUGCUAGAGCUACAACUUCUGGGCAUCGGUGCAACUUAAUUUUGUGGUGCAGAAGUUCAGUCUUCCGCGAGCUGAAAAAAUAUCAGAAGGAUUUUUCGAACUGGUGCGGAGAGUGCUUGCAUGAGAAAAAAGACAGGCAGCGCCUGUCAAUUACUGCAACUAAACUGGAAUUGCUAAAAAGGGAUGGAAUAUCUGCAUCUUGAUUUGUUUCCACCAGAAGCUUUGGGUAACUGCAAUAUAAGGAGAAUUCUCAUCCUCAUCCACACAGGCAAUGUUAAUUUGUAAUACAUUUUUCCUGGGCUUUGAGUGGAAAUAUAUCUCUAGGGUGCUCGGUGUAGAUCUGUCAAUAUUUGUGCAUCACUUCAUUUGUUUGUAUAUGCACCUCUUUCAAGUGCAAUGUUCUAUAUGUAGUCCAACUUGAUGAGGAUGAGAAUGUAAUUUUAGCUAUAAUGUAAUUUUAGCUAAUGGUUAAUAUAGGCUCUGUUUGACAAGAGUGUUUGGAGUAGUGUUUAGUGUUUUGAGUGAGUUAAAACAUUAUUUUAAUUAAUUAUUGUGUUUGAUAAUGUCACACUUAUCCUAAGAUUUAGAGUUUAGAGUUUGA